AAUUUUCGGGCUCAAAGAGAAACCAACGGGCGAUUACGAAGUAGGGGAAGUAUCAUUGAAAGUGAAACAAAAAAGUACAAGUUUGUUAAUGCAUAAUAAACAUGUUGGCCCGCAGUAUCAUCGGCAAGCAUCGGAAGCUGUUAAUUUCAAAUAUUGUUGACAGCGGAAUGUUAACAGAAAAUCUGUACGGACUCGGAAUUUUAAAAGAAAGACAAUAUCAAAUUAUACAAUCGCAAAGGAUCCAACUAGAUAAAACUAUUAAAAUUUUGGAUUGUGUGCAACUGUUGAGCGCGAAAGAUUUCGUUGUUUUCUGUCAAGUGUUAUCUGAAGAUUACCCUUGGUUAGCUAAAACACUGCUGGACUGUGUCAAGCUGAAUGAAAUAAAUGAAGACGUUACACAAACUACCAGCUUCUUGGAAAAAUUUGGAGAAGAAAUUCCACCUGAAAAACAACUAAUGAGAUGGAGUAGAACGCUGUGCAAGUUUGAAUGGGAAAAUGUAUUCUAUGAACUUGGAUAUACAAGUAGUGACAUUGAAUAUUUCAAGCAGUCGGAAAAUACACCUCCAAUGCAAUGCAUGAAAGGACUUGUACAAUGGUUACGGAAUGAAGGAAAAUCGGCAAACUUUAACGCUUUAUUUCAAGCAUUAAAGGGGGCAGAACUUCAAGAUAUUUGUGGCGAAAACUUAAUUCAAAUUUGUACUGGACCUACAUGAUGUUGAAUAUGUGAUUUGUUUAUAGAUGCACCAUGUUUAAUAUUAUGUAGGCCAGUGGUUCUUAAACUCUCUUUACACCCCAUUUUUAUUUACAGAGACCUAUCACAGUUAUUUAAAAAAAAGUACAUUGUAAAGCAAAAAUCUGUAGUUUUUUUCAUAUACUGUUCAUUUGUUUAAUUAGUUGCUUGUGUACCACCUGUGGGACCUUCAUGUACCACCACGGUACAAGUACCAUAAGUUAAAAACCACUGACAACUGAAGUUGUUUAAAGUUUUGAUUAAUAUGUAUAUAUUUAUGCCAUUCGUAAUUUUGUAAAAAGAUAAUUCAUAGAUUACAGACAUGAAUCAGGUCUUGUUAGAUGCUCAGUCUGUUUUACGUAAUAGACUGUUUGGUAAAGAAACCAAAUGUCGACAGGACAUUGAAAAAUUUCAACAAGAUCUGAAAGAUCUGAUAACAAGGAGUGUCGAAUAUGGUGAAAGUAACUCUUUGUUGGUGAUUGGCUCAAAAGGCAGUGGAAAAACAACAUUACUCAAAACGACAGUUGACCUUUUACAAAAGAAAUUAUCAAAAACUCUAAUCAUUGUGCGUUUGAAUGGAUACAUGCAAACUGAUGAUAGGAUUGCGUUGGCAGAAAUAACAAGACAACUUCACCUUGAAAACACACUAGGAGACAAAGUGUUCGGAUCUUUUUCUGAAACUCUUCAGUUUUUAUUGGAAGCUUUAAGAGGAGGGUCAUCUCACAGUUCUCAGCCAAUUUUAUUCAUCUUAGAAGAGUUUGACUUAUUUACUCAGCAUAAGAACCAGACGUUGUUGUAUAACCUCUUUGAUCUUGCAAUGGCAGGACUGACACCCUUGGUGGUCGUUGGACUUACCUGCAGGUUAGAUGUAAUUGAACUGAUGGAAAAAAGAGUGAAGUCUAGGUUUUCUCAUCGGCAACUUUACAUUUGUAACCAAUGGACAGCUGAAAAUUAUCUACAAGCCUUCUCAAAUAUGCUGCUGCUAGAUGCAGGAUUCUGUAAAACAGCAAAACACAAAAGUUUUUUAGAACGUUGGAAUGCAAAUGUUGUGGAACUUAGUAAUAAUGCUUCUGUGCAAGAUAUUUUAAAACGUCAGUUUUCUAUUUCCAAAGAAAUGCCAUCACUGCAGUGUCUAUUGGUUCAACCAAUCUGCAAACUGAAUGUGAAUCACCAGUUCAUAACAGCAGCUGAUAUAGCAGAUUCUGCUAGGAAUGUGUUCUCAGACCCAAAAGCCAACAUUCUGCAUGGAGUUUCAGUUUUAGAACUUUGCCUUAUUAUUGCUAUGAACCAUCUGACCAAUAUUUAUGCUGGCGAAUCAUUUAACUUCCAUAUGGUGUAUAACGAAUUCUUAAAGUUUACCCAGAAAAAGUUACACAUACUUCAAAAGCAUAACAAACCUGUUGUAUUGAAAGCAUUUGAACAUCUAAUGGAGCUAGAACUAAUUAAACCCAAAGAGUCAACUUUAUCUCUGGCUUCAAAACUUUUAAAGGAAUACCAACCAACCAUACUUUUACUUGAAGAACAACAGCUGAAAGAAGCUGUAUACAGAUAUCCUGGCUGUCCAACUGAAUUACAGCAAUGGCUGGAAUCUUCCACAGUCUAGCUACAUACCCUAACUAUAACAGCAAAGGCAAAUCCAAAAUUAUUGUUCGUUGGAAGUUACGUGGAACCAAUUUAUACCUUUACUUCUGUAGUCUAAAAUUUGCACUGUUGCAAAUUGUUUAUUUUUUGAAUAUUUUACUGUUUUUUUUUUCUGGAUGUUCCCCACUUUCCUGCAAAAACAUUAAAACUUAUGUAUUAUGUUCAGAUGAAUCAAAAUUGCACAUGAAAAAUAAAUUAAUGCACCAUGCGAA